AUGUCUAUCUGCGAGAGCGAUGCGGGCGCAGAACUCCUCAACAAGGCUGUGCUCUCCGCCCUCCCCGGUGUAUCCGAUCUCCACACCCCGCCCUCCGCUCAAACCUCCGCCAGCGCGGACGCAUGGAACUGCCCAGUGAAUGGAUGCAUGCAGACCGUCCGCCCCUUCGACCUCACCCAGCAGCAGCGUGAACUCGUCGUGACGCUAUCCGGGGAUCCGGAUGCAAUGGUCAUACAAGAUAGCCGCGGCAGGGUCCGUCUCCGUCGUCGUGAUCCUUGGAUGUUUCUUCGCUAUAUCGAUGCCAUAGCUUGGGACCAUCUAUCUUGGCACCUGCACCGCGCACACAUCACUUUCUACUACCCCCAUCCGAGCAAGCCGUAUAAGGAAUGCCCUGGAUGGUGGUGGAGUGAUGUCUUGUUGGCACGCGACCGCUCGCUCCAACUGGAAGUGACGGAACUGGAGGCUUCAGCAAAGCAGGACAGGCGCCAGUGGAUAGUUACUAAGGCAAUCGACUCCGCACAGCGCAAGGUUCAGCGUGCCUGCGCCCGCCUGACGCGCUGGCGUUACAACGCCUUGCACGCGCGGAGAGAACUUGUCUCGGACAUGUUUAGUCUCGAUCGCGGCUUGGUCGAGGUCGGCCGCGCAUUACUGGCGUUGGUGCGCCAACAGGAAUCUGACCCUGCCACAGCGGCGUACUCUGAGGAGAUCGCGCACUAUCGAGCUGUAGAGAUGGAAUGGACGGAGGAACAGUACAUAUGGUUCUGA